AUGUCCGACUCGGAAGACCCCGUUGACAUUGGCGGCGACGAUGUUGAUGACCUUUUCGGCGAGGGUGGCGAUGACGAUGCUCAGUCCGACAAUGAGCGCGUCGUCAGUGACGCCGACCUGGCCUCGGACAGGGACGCCAACGAGCACCGAUAUGAUGGCGACAUGGAUGUCGAUGAGCGGGAGGUCGAGGUUGAGAACAGGCUGGUCAUGAACAUUCAGUUGUACCGUCACCGAGCACCCAAGAGCAAAGAUGGAACAUUGAGAUCUCUGAGACCUCCCAACUUUCUCCGAAUCGCCGCCGAAGAGUACAAGCCCGACACAUUUGAACCCACCGAAUGGGAUCAAGAAAAUGCUCGAAGCGAUAACCCCAAGGGUGUCAUCCGAUACCAGCGCGAUCCCGAGACGGGUAGCCUCAAGAGCAAUGCGCUCGUGCACAGAUGGAACGACGGCUCAAUCACCUUGUCGGUAGGAGGCGAACACUAUGAAAUCCAAAAGAAGAUGCUCGCACCUCCCAGCGACAAACCCUACCAAGAAGUCCAGGACGCACACUACUAUGCCGCGGCUGCCCAUCUUUCUAGUAAUCUGCUGGUCACCAUGGGGCAUGUAUCGGAAUCUUACACGGUACUUCCGAACCGAAACGUCCAGGACGAUGCUGUCGCCAAGCUGGCAAGUAAGAUGCAGGAAGUCGCACGCAGCAAGUUCAAGAGCGCAGACAACAUCUUUAUUGCGACGAGAGACCCAGAGCUUCAGCGCAAGGAGGCAGAGAUGGCAGAGCGAGAGCGCAUGAAGGCUCAGCGCAGGAGGGACAAUGCCGCAGCUAGAUUGGACAACCGCGCCGGAGGCUAUCGAAGUGGAGGACUGUCUAUUGGCGAUCUCGAGGGCAGACGCGGUCUUGGUGGUUCAAGAAAGAGAGGACAACCGGGUGCCUCACGCCCCAAGAAGCGUCGUCCUGAAUAUGAUUCAGAUGAUGACCUUCCUGCUGGACGUGGCCGCAACGAGGACUAUGACCACGAAGACGACUUUAUUGCUCCCAGCGACGACGAGGGCAGCUUUGUCGAGGAGGAUGAUGAGGAAGACAUUCUCGAUGACGACGACGAGGAUGAAGAAGAGGCACCUCGCUCAAAGCGCCAAAAGACGGCCGAUGCAGAAGACGAUGCUGAUGCAGAUGGAGACUUGGACGAUGAUGCCCCGGCAGAACAAUCUCGCAGCCGUAGACGCAACAUUGUGGAUGAUGAUGACGACGACGAUGAAGAGUAA